AUUUUGACACUUCAUAAGACAAGGGAGUCAUUUAUAACUUGUGACAUAUAAUAUCCCAGCAUGCAAUAGUAGCCUGAGGCUUAUUCAAUGUAGAUUAAUUGUAGUGGCCUUUGGAGAACUGGUAGAGAUCAUCAUGGCGUGGAAAGUUUCUUUAUUCUACUCUGUACUGGUAGCUGUGUGUGUAUUCUCUGUGCAAUCACAAGAACAAGAAGUAGAUUGUGUGGAUUACAUAGAAACAGCUGAUAGCAUGUUCAAAGAACCGACAGUCGUCUACACAAAGUUUGAAAAUUCAAAAAUCUGGAACAUGACUUUGGUAGAACGUCGGUCAUUUUAUAUGUGUGACCCACCAGAAGAGAAGUUUGGAAUUGGUUUAGACGAAAAAGAAUGGUGGGUGUUCCAUGGAUGUGGAGGAUUAUUUGAAAUCUGGGAAUGUGCUCCACCAGGGGAAAAAUUAGUGUUGAAACCAAAUCCAGAUGUGACCAUGACACAAGACGAAGCUGAUAAAAAAGCUAAAACACAAAUAGCAAAUGAUGGAUCAAAUGCCCAGAAAAAACUCAGUGGGUUUUGAUUCACAGACAAAUGCUGCAAAAGUCAAACUGUGCCACAUGUGUCUCUGUCUUCAAUUGGUAAAAAGUAAUAAAAAGAAUAUAAAAGUAAA